GGUAAACCAUCAGAGUCUCAGCAUGAAAGUCUGUCACACUUUGAUCUGCUUCUUCUUCCUCUUCUCUCUGCAGGAUGGAAGCACCGGUCUCGUCAGUGCCCAACUCCCUGUCUAUUCAGUAAUUGAAGGAGAAAAUGUCACAGUUGAAUGCUCCUUUGCUUCUUCUAGAAUCAGGAAGUUCUUCUGUAAGGAACCAUGUAGACAAGAAGACAUUCUCAUUGAAACAACUGAUGCCUCAGCUCAGAGUGGCAGAUACAGCAUUGAUGAUAAAGAUGGAGGUUUUUUUGUCAGCAUCACUCAGCUGACCAAGUCUGACUCAGGACGCUACAGGUGUGGUGCGGGAAUAUCUUCGACACGGACUUCAGUCAAGGAUAUUGAGAUCAUCGUUGUUGAUGCAAAACUUGAUGGUGAUCCUUCUGCAGAAAAAACUAUCGAUGCUAGAACUGGAGGGAAUAUUGUAGUUGAAUGCUACUUUACUCGCGCUCUGGUCAACAUGUACUUCUGCAAGGAGGAAUGUAAAGGAGAAGACAUUCUUAUUGAAACAAAUAGUAACACAUAUUUGAAAGACAGAUACAGCAUCAGAUAUAUUGAAGGGAAUCCAACAGGAGUGUUUGUGUUUGUGAGCAUCAAACAGCUGACCCAGUCUGACUCAGGACGGUACAGGUGUGGUCUGGGCAGAACUAACUCACAAGAUCCAUCCCAGAUGUUUGUGCUCAACGUCACUGAUGCCUCUACAGAAACAUCAAACCAAAGUGAAAGCUCCAUGAAAAGAACUAAAGGUGUGAUCCUGUAUGUAUCUCUGACUCUGGGAGUCCUGGUCAUCGUGUCCUCACUGUCUGUGCUGGUAUUCUGCAGGAAGAGGAUUUGUAAAGACAAAAAACCUCAUGAGGAAACACAAUGUGCUUCUGCACCAGAGGCUGAAGACGACCCGAGUCAACACACCUACUCUGAGAUCAUACUUGUCAGCGUCGGCUCGUCCCACGGCGGUUUCCACGGUGACGCUGAGCGUGUUAUCUACUCUGUUCCUCGGGUGGAAGCUAGCUCUGAUGAGCCCCCUCUGUACUCUACUGUUAACGACCCCCAAUAACUCUCACAGUCUGGCAGAAGAAGCUGGUGUGGAUUAAGCAGCCGUGUAAAUAUUCUGAAACAGAGAGAUGUUUGUCGGAAUAUGUAAGAUUAUUUAACCCUUUACUUAUUUCAAACCUGCUUUGAAUGAAAUCAUGUGAUGAUCUGAUUAUUAUUUGUUCUGACGUCAGAAAAGGGGUGCUCCGCCUAUCAGGGGAAUGAGAGACCGCUCGAAAGCGCUGGAGACGCUGUAGUACAUAGGCCAGGCCUGUAAGUGGCGCUGUAGUCUGCCACAAAAGCAGCGAAGAAGACUUCUCACAGAAUCAGCCCUUGCAAAAACAGGGCUGGAAAAGAGCAUAUAGAGCGAAAUGAGGCAUGGCUAAAAUGCAUGAUCUGUUUGGUAUUUUGAAAAAAAAAAUUCACAGACAUGUUUUGUAUAGGUAUGGCCCUACAAUAUAUGUUUCAAAUAUAGCAUGAUAGGUCCACUUUAAAGUUAGCAGAUUAGCAUUAGGUAUUUUUGCUUUACAGUUGACUAUUUUGGUCAGAAAUAUUUAAUUAUAGCGGAAUAUAAAUAAAUAGAUAUGAAACUAUAUUACUUCAACCAGGUGAUGUGGUCAGUACGGGAUACAAGAGGCCACUCGCACACAUGUUUAAUCCUUACGACUUGUUUGUAUUGUUUUAUACUGUACAUAUAUAUAUUUGGAUUUAUACCAUUUUUAUGGGGUUUUAUUUUUUAUAUUGUAUUUUAUAUUCGACCUCUUCCUGCUCUGUACUCUGGAUAAUUUCCUCGGGAUAAAAAUAAAACAUUUCUGAAAUGGGUAAA